GCUUCUUGGAGUUUCACCAUCGCCAUCGACGGUGUCUCAACGAACUCAACGCUGUCCUUCACGAUGAGCAAAAGCAAAGGCCUUCCAUCUCUCGACCAACUCGCUGCGAGAAUAAACGUUCUCCCACCCAAUAGUAGUUCUUCCAAUGAUCCCUCUGCGGCAUCACGUCCUCGUCAUCUUCUGACGACGCUUCGCACGAACUCGACAACGUCCGUCAAUACGGUCGCAUCGUCUUCUGCAGAUUCAAUGGCAGUAAACCCACCAGCUACGAGGAGCACGUCACCCUCAGCGAUAACAGUUGACAGUUCAGGCGUUUCAACCCCUUCGUCCGAUGUUGCCAUGAUGCCUCCAGGCGGUGAUUCGGGUAUAACAGCAGAUAAACUGGAUAAACUACAACAACAGUCCUCGGACUCACCCACACCCAGCCCACCUUCCUCAGCUCCUCCGAAAAAAGUUAAAGGCUACAAAAACAUUCCUAGCCUGGAUGCUAUCACAGCUAGACUUCUCAAAAAAGUUCCACAUCAGGAUCUCUCGAUUGACGGGUCAACUCAACCUCCUGAACUAGCUCUUAUCGAGGAUCCAAAGACACCAGGUCUGCAGAUCAAACCUCCCGAGCAUCCUCUUCAACACCCUUGGACGAUCUACCACGAUACCAAAGCCAAAUUCCCCCAUACUCCUGCUCCUGGGAGUCAGCUGCUGACCCCAACUAGUGCAUCACUUGAAGGACACUUCCCUGCAGCCCCAGUUGACUCGAACGAUUACGAAGCGGGGUUGACGGUCGUCGGGACGUUCACAACCGUAGAACAGUUCUGCCGGUACUUCAACUGGCUGAAGCCGCCUAGUAAAUUGGAGAGGAAUAGUAACUACCACUUGUUCAAGGAGGGAAUUAAACCGAUGUGGGAAGACCCAGCGAAUAAGAAUGGCGGUAAAUGGGUUUUAACGAUGAAGAACAAUCCUACCCUAUUGGAUAGGUGCUGGAGUUGGGUAGCAAUGGCUCUCGUGGGUGAGGAGCUCGAAGAGGAUAACGAUGAUAUUUGUGGGGCAGUUGUUAGUUUAAGGAGCAAGGUUGAUAGGAUUCAGGUAUGGACACGCACAAAGGAAGACGUGGAAAGGAUCAAUGGAAUUGGAAGGAAACUUGUAAAGUUGCUUGACAUCGGGGAGAAAGAUGGCAUAGGAUUGGAGUUCCAGUACAACACAGAAGACCGCCCACAACCAAACAAGUUCUUAUCUAUUCAAUCGUUGCCAGCGACCGGAUUCCGGACAACCUUUGCCAGCCCAGUUCAGGGUACCGGUGGUUUUGGUAACGCUGUUGGGUCACAUGGGCCUACAAGAUCCGUAGGUGGAGGGGUUCAACUGAACGGAGGAGACCAACAACAAAGCCCAGCUCAAACUGGCACAGGCUUCAGCGGUGGCGCGCUCGGUGGAUGGAGGAAGUAGAGAGUGAAAGGAAGUGAAAUUAUUUAUUCGAUGUUCAGUCAAUCAAGCAGACGAAAUUUCGCGGGUGUAUUUGUAGCUCAACGGAACGGUAUUGGAAUGUCUCUUCUCUUCUGUUAUCCUUCGAUUCAAUUACGCAUUACGCAUACGAUCCACAAAUACAUAUCCUAAUAAGC